AAAUAGUAUGGAGAUUGAGGAAAGCCCUCAGUCGUGGUUGCGUCACCGGAGUGGAAAGAUGGUUACUCGAAGUUACGCAAUGAAGCUGUGGGUCCCUCUUCUUCUGGCGGCCUGGAUGGCAACACUGUCGAAGGCGCAGCAGCAGCAGGAAACCACAACAUUCACAGAGCCUCCGAUGGAGGUGCGUCUCCGGCAGGGCGUGAUCACAGGCGCCCAGUCAGAGUCCGGAAACGGGAGGGUCUUCUACAGCUUCAAGACCAUUCCUUUCGCCGAGCCUCCUGUCGGGGACCUAAGGUUCAGGGAUCCUGUUCCUGCAGGGCCAUGGACGGGAGUAAGAAAUGGAUCCAUCGCCACACCGAAAUGCCCACAGUUGGGAAAUGCUACUGUUGAGGGGAAGGAAGACUGUCUCUAUCUCUCCGUCUACACACCUCGGCCUUACGCGUCGGACUUGCCUGUCAUGGUGUGGAUUCACGGCGGAGGAUUCACGAACGGUAACGGCGAGGUCUUCGGGCCCCUUCCUCUCCUCACGAAGGAUGUGGUCCUCGUGGUCAUACAGUAUCGCCUGGCCACGCUGGGAUUCUUGUCGACUGAGGACAGUGAGCUGCCUGGCAACCUAGGACUCAAGGACCAAACGAUGGCUCUCCUGUGGGUGCAAGACAACAUCCGUGACCUCGGCGGAGACCCGGCCAAGGUCACCCUCUUCGGAGAAAGCGCUGGUGCAGCGUCAGUGCAUUUCCACGUCCUGUCUCCCAUGUCUUCAGGACUGUUCCGGCGAGCUAUCCUGCAGUCGGGGACAUCACUGUGUCCGUGGGCUACUGCAGAAAACCACAGACAGGUAGCCGCUAAGAUUGGUCAGAUGUUCAACUGUUCAGGUCUGGAUGAUCAGCAGUCCACCAGCAGUUCAGCCUUCGUCGCUUGUUUGAGGAAUGUCCCUUACGAAGGAUUAAUUUCAGCCCAGAAGGAAUUCGUUGUGAGUCUAUGUAUUGAUUUAUUAAUAUCAUAUAUCUUUUUAAAAAUACAGGUGGUUUUACGAAGGCAUUGGGGAGUUCCAAUUGACAACCUCACCCAGAAACAACUAACCACCUAUAUCUGCCUUCAACCAGUUUUCAACCUGGACAAUGCCACUGCAAACAGCCUGGUUCAGAACUUCACUGUCAACGGACCGGUUUCACUGAUGUUCGAAGAGGAAGAGGAUCCGGAGUACCUGGCACGUCGAGCUUACCACCACUACCUGGGCGCCAUUGAAUUUACGGAAGAGAAACGGGAUUCACUUAUCAGGCUUUUCAGUGAUAGAUUAUUCGACAUGUGUCACCUGGACGCGGUCGGGCAACACCUCAGGACAUCUCACCAGAACGUGUUUACAUACAGACUGCAGCAUGACGGAGAACACCAGUUUGUCUUUGGUCUUUUCCCUACUACUCCGGAUUGGUACAAUCGAUAUAUCGGUCAUGCAGAUGAUCUUUUGUACCUGUUCAGUGAUCUAGAAGGCAAUAAAACGUUGAAGCAAGACGAGGAUCUGUUCGUUAGCCGUAUCAUGGUGGAGCUGUGGACCAACUUCGCUACCGUCGGAAACCCGACACCCGACCUGUCCCUCGGCUUCAAGUGGAACCCGACGUCCUUCCCGACAGACUCCUACCUGUCCAUCACCUCCUCACCCACCAUGAAGACCUUCGAAGACUGCCAGAUCCGUGAAUUCUGGAAGAACAUGCCUACUAAGAAUAACAAAAUGCUGUACCGUGAGCGCUUCUACAAAUGUCGCUUACCUGGCUGCAUUGACAUGUACCUUCAAUAAACUGACAAGGACGGCGCUAGUUGCCACUGUCAUUAAUGCCAAGGGAACCUGUUCAUAUUACUUUAACAAAUAUUUAGCGGAUAUGUUCCUGACCUACAGUAUAUUAAAUUCUAAUAAAUACAGGGUGAUCUAAUAACAGUAACGUGUAGUCAUUGUUUAUAUAUUUUGUUUUGCUUUUGCACCAUAUGAUCAGAAUAUUUGAAAAUAUGAUUACCAUGAGCUUCUGUGCUUAAUCAUGCUCUCCAGUUUGUUAAAGAUUAUUAGUAUUUCUCAUAACCUUUCUGUCAUAAUUUAUGUAACAUUGUAGUAAUCUGUAACGCUGUGUUUGAGAACGUAUAUUUACACAAUUAAUAAAGGAAGUAUUAGACA